AUGUCGGACCAACGGCAGCAGCAGCGCCCCGCCGCUGCCACCAUUGCAACUACCAUAAUGGCAGCUGCCAGCAGGGCUGAGGCAGCGGCGGAGGACAACUUUGCUGCGAUGCGCCACGCCGCGAUGUCAAUGUUUAAGCAACGCACAAAGGACCUGACAAUGGUGUCGGCGUUGACCGCGGAAGCUGAAGAGGUGGAGAAGCUCAACUGCAAGGUGCAGACGACCAUCAGCAGGCUGCAGGAGCAGAAGGCAGUACUGGAGGCGAGGAUUGAAACGGAGGAGCACCGUGUUAAAGAACGUGAGGAGCAGCUGCGAGAGAUUCACGUUAUGCUCGCCCAAAUGAAGGAGGAUCAGGGCAUCUUUGCUGGCGUACGGCGUUCCUCUGAGAAAAUCGCCGCGACACUUUAUGAGUUUGUCACGCAGUACACGGCCAAGAGUGGCGACGUUGUGCGUCUCCUGGAGCGGUGCCAUGAACAGACCCAAGGGCGGGCCCCAAAUGAAUGGCGUACAGCAACGAAUGACCUUCGAAGGCGGCAAUCCGUCCUCGACGAGCGCAUCAAACACAUUGAGAAGCAGCAUGUAAUUCCUGUUGGCUUUGAAGAUAUGCUUCUGGAGUGGUCACGCGGAGUGUGGAGACAGCAGCCGGAGUGUGCGACGGCUCUCCAUUUGUGUGAGCAGCUGCUUCGUCAUGACGCUUCAGGUGCAGUUCGUGCACUACUCAUACCACCUCCUGUCUACGGUGUCACUAAUGUGGAGGAGGAGGAGGAGGUAUGUGAGGUUUACGCGAGCGCCUGCAUGGAUGAACUUGACGCCUGUGUCAGUCUGGGGGAAACCAUAGAGGGCGAAGGUGAAAAGGUGGGUCUUUGCUGUGCCAUUGUUCCACAUGAACAGGUGGAUAUGAUGCGGUCACGCUGGUUCACGGUGUGUCGGACACACGUCUCCCUGCGAGAAGCGGCUGCGGCAUCAAGGAACCUCUCCGCAAGCCUGGAAGAGCAGCUUGCGUUGGUACAACUCCUCUCGGAGCGUGUUGGCGUCCUCGAUGCACGCAUUGUGGACGCCCAUACCAACCUGCAACAGGAAUCCAUUGCAGUACAGAGAGAAACGUCCAUGCACGAGAGUUUGCUCUCCGCCUGGCAAAAGUCGUUGCAAACAGCGCUUGUACACAUGCAGUGUGAGGCCACCUACCGCUCUUCCGUGGAAACCAAAGAUGGUGAAGUGGCGAGGCAAGAGGUUGAGCUGGCGGCCAAAACGGCGGAGAUGGAGGCACAGUGGACGACGCUUCACACGCAGGCAACGCAGAUGUACACCGCACUGCUAGUGGAAGAGCAGCAGAAGGCAGAGGCGCUGUGUCGCCUAAAGAUGGCUACAGAUACGCAAACAGAACAGGAAGCGCGACUGGAUGCACUUCGCGAGCUAUGUUUGAGGGCCGAAGCCGACUUGCGGCAGGAAUGCGACGAAGUGGAUCGAUGCGCCCUCUCCAUGGCGAAUAAUACUUCGCAGGGGAUGCCGUUGGAGCCGUCGGCACUAAGCAUUGGAAAGGACGACAUCGAAGACGCGAAAGAAGCUGAUACUCGAGCCUGUGCCGUAAACGACCUUCUUAGGCAACUCCUGCAGUGUCAACCGCAGAAGAAGAGAAAGGCGGAAGAACAUGACGGAGGGCUUCCUGAGGACGUUGCGUUCACCUCAUUGAUGACAUCAACCGGCUUGGAAGCGGACCUCUUGCGACGGGCCAUCAAUUCUCUUGCUGACCUCCAGCAGGAGGUGGAUCAUGAACUGGCGGCCCACCUCAGAUGGAAGCAGGAGACAGAUGAUGAGCUGCUUACGCUGGCCGCUGAGUGA